AUGGCGGCUGUUCCGUUGGUCGGCCGGUUGUUUGACGGCCCGAUUGACAUCGUGGCAGACAUUCAUGGUGAAUGCGGGGCACUGACGGGUUUGCUGGAUCACCUGGGCUAUGAUGGCAAUGGCGAGCAUCCUGAGGGUCGACGCCUGGUCUUCCUUGGCGACCUGGUGGACCGUGGACCUGACUCUCCAGGCGUGAUUCGAUUGGUGAGACAUCUUCUACAGAAGGGCAAGGCCCAAUGCAUUCUGGGCAACCAUGAGCUGAAUCUGUUGCGAAACGAGCACAAGCACGGGAACCACUGGUUCUACGGCGAGCCCGAAACAAUUCGGAAGGAUAAGGUCGCCCAAAGUUUCCAAGUGCUCGCAGACGACGCAUUUCGAACAGAGGUCCGGGAAUUCUUCCUGACCUUGCCGCUCGCCUUGGAGCGGGAGGAUCUCAUUGUGGUCCAUGCGGCAUGGGAUGAUGUAUCUGGUGAGAAGCUCAGAACGUUCCAUGGCAACGCUAUCACAGCGCAUGACUUUUUCGACAAGCAGAUUCAGGCAGACAUCAAGGCCGAGAACGUCACGGAUCAAGAUGAGAUCGACAUGAGGGAGCAGAACCUCAAUCCUGUCAAGGUCUUGUCCUCGGGCUAUGAAGGAAGGGCUGCGGAGCCCUUCUUCGCCGGCGGCAAGAUGCGGAACCUGGAGCGGCUAAAGUGGUGGGAGACCUACGAGGCCAGGGAUGACAGGAUGGUGGUUAUCGGACACUACUGGCGCCGAUUUCUGGACGAGGUGAGUCCUAAAGUCUUCGAGAAGCAUCCGGGAGGCUUUGCUCCAUCUGGCGCAGACAUGUUCCCUGGCUACUCGCCAGUGAGUUUGCUGGGAGCAAAGAAGAAGGUGAUGUGCAUCGAUUUCUCCGUUGGAGUACGAUACGAAGAGAGGGGCAUGGGCUUGCCGGAGGGGAGCUUGGGUACGGCGCUGUCGGCGCUGCGGCUCCCGGAGAUGACUCUACACCGGAAUGACGCGAAAGUGCUGACGUGCAAGUGA